AUCAACUCAGAGAAAGCCAACGACUUCCUGUCUCGCUCCAGACCGAGGCGUAACGCCGACCCCAAGUGGUACCGAGGAAGCCCGGACUUUCAGGCGUACUACAGAUACUACAGCAGCAUCGGACACACUGAGGGGCUCUAUGAGAUCGACAGGCUGAGGAUGCUCUACCAGCAGAUGCGGUACCUGGAGCAGGCCUACGGCCCAAACGCCUCCUACUUCCAGAGCAAACUGGGCGUGCCGAUGAUCAUGUGCGAUCCCACCACAGACAAGAGGUGCAAAGUGGCUCCCCACCCUCCACCUCCGAUGAAGGGGGUCCCCGUGGGCACGGACCCUCCAGCGACCCCUCCUCCUCUUCCUCCCGCCCCGGCCAUUUCCCAGGCRGACGUGCUCUUCCUGUGCAACAACAAGGACCCCCUCUGCAAGCCGCACAUCGUGUACCUGCCCACCGGCGCCGUUCCUGUGCUCUGCGACCCGCGCUACCACCCCCACUGCGCCCCUCAGAGGGCCCCGCCCCCUGCUCCCGUGGAAGCCUUCAAGGGCCCCCCGCCGAAGAAAUCCGCCCCGCCUCCGCCGGUCCUGGUCAUGAAGUCCCCCCCGGCCCCCAUCCGCACCUUCAAGGGCAUGGAGUACGACUGCGACCCUUACUGGGACCCCGACUGCCUGAUCGACAACCCGCCCCGGCCCGUGAAGGGAAAGAUCAUGGCCCCACCGCCCCCACCACCUCCUCCRCUAGAGGAGGAUGAAGAGGAGGAACCAACACCUCCUGCACCCAAGAAGCUGAGCAUCUACCCUCAUUCUUACUACUACCCUCACGUGUACGACCUCAGGGACGAGCUGUACGACCCGGUCCGGUUCCAGUACCCCCAGCCGGCCGCUGACGAUCCUGCAGAGGGGAGCAAAUGAUGUAAAAUGUCUGUAUUUAAACUACCGCUGACUGAAAACAUCCACCCUGGCUGCUUAAAGUCACUGUAAUGAAAGCAGUUGUGAAUAAAAAUCUGUAAAAACAAUUAACUUCAGUCCACACUUGAUUUAUUGACUCAUGAGAAUAAAGAGUGAAAUCUGUUCCUGUUUGAUUUGAUUUGAAAUACUAUAAAAAAGGUGCAAAAUAAACAAAAACGAAGUGGCUGAUUCCAAUGCCACAUGGCAGUUUUCAAAAUAA